CACGUCUCUUCGCUCCCCUUCUGGCUUGCAUCACGACAACGACCUAGAAAUCCCACCACAGCUCAACCGAAUCCUCUCCGGAGCGUCUGUAGCUAUCGUUCCUUUACCUUCCAUCAUCCGGCCGAUCGACUUCCCGCAACAGUCAUGCAAACGAUCUCUCCCGUUACACUGCGAACCCCCUCAUGAUUGCUCCAUUUCACUGCGACGGGACCGCCCAACCGAGCAGCCAUGGACAGCAGGGCCCAGCGAUUCGAGGAUGAGAAGCGGCGCAUCAUCGAGAGCUGCUUCAGCAAGAAAGAUGUCGACGGGUCGCUGCUCGAGACAUACAUCACCCACAUCCGAAUCACCGAGUACUCCUCCCAUCCGACCUCUCCUCCUCCGCCCCAAGCACGAAAUCCUGAAUCUCAGAAACCUCGUGUCAUCGUCGUCGCUGUGAGAAAGAGCGGCCGAGUGCGUAUGCACAAGACCAAGGAAAAUGCCAACGGAUCCUUCUCAAUCGGAAAGACAUGGAACCUCGACGACCUUUCUGCCAUAGAGUCUUUCACCGGCCCGCCCGCCAACCCGACCUUCCGCGAGUGGGCUGGUGACACCGGCUUCACCGUCACCAUCGGCAAGCCCUAUUUCUGGAACGCGCAGUCCGACAAGGAAAAGAAGUUCUUCAUUGCCAGCUUGGUCAAGAUCUAUGGCAAAUACACGGGGGGCAAGGUCCCUGAGCUGUCGGGCUUCGACCAGUCCGAAAUGGCCCAGAUCCUGCGGAACGACCGACGGCCGCCGCCUGCACCUGGCCAGCUUCCUUUCAGACCGUCCCCCGCGAUGCCAGAUGCUGUCCCUGGCCAAAGCAGCUUGUCUGCGAACACACCCUCCAACUAUGGUACUCCCUCCCCGGGCCCUCCUGGCCCGCGCCGUCCGCCACCUCUCAAUGGGAUGGCCACAAACUCGCCCUCUGGGAGCAUGGCCUCUUCUUUCUCACAAGACCCCCCUACGCUAAGGCGUUACGGAAACAAGAGCCAAGAGUCAUUCGCUCCAUCCCUAGGGGCCAGGAGCGACGAUGCGGGCAGCUUGCCACCCCGUUCGAGAAAUGGCAUGCCUGGACCGGGGGCCUUGGGCAGGUUCGUCGAGCCCCCGCCUGAGCCUGUCCCAGGACCGCCGCCGCCAAUCUCAGAAGAGGGAGGUCGACCACCAGAAAGAAAGCGGCCGCCAAUGGACCCAGCUCGACCGCAGGGCUUCGCCGACAGAGACUUAGUUCCCGCGCCAUUGGUGAGCCCAGGGAUGCGACGCGACCAAGUUGCACCUCCACCGAGAAAUACAGCCAGGAAGAACUCGAUAUCACAACGGUCAGAUGCUGGCUCCUACAGAGACAAUAGACCUGUCACUCCCCUCACUCCCGUGGACCCGGGACCGGUGGAUGCCCCUCCCGCCCUUAGAACCCCUACGCGAAAUGGGGCUACACCUACGAGGCCGGCUCCUGCAACCGCCUCGCCGCUACCUGAGAUCCCGGUGCCCCCUGCACCUGUCUCCCCCAUUGCCCCAAGCCCGCCCCUAGCCUCGUCCCCGGCGCCUGUACAUGCGGUCGAGGAGUCUAUCCCCGAGGAACCUAUACCUUCCGAAUCUCCGCCUGUGUCAGAACCGCCUGUUGAGCCAGAUGAAGAGAGCCGGCCAGGAUUGGGCCCGAUGAUUAAGUCAAAGAAGUCCAAAGGAGACCUUGCUGGCGUGCUCUGGAAGGCUGCUUCUGCCGCCUCAGCCUUUAAGCCUCGACCCGGUGGUGCUGGCGAAAGACUACGACAACUUGCCACCAAGAGCACUGAGCCAGCUGAGGGCAUCACAACCGUGUUUCAACCCCCACCCAGGCCCACCUCUUCUGAUGGCCCCAAGGCGGCAUCCCCAGAGCCAGCUGCUGAGAAAGCCACCACACCUACAGCAGCGGUAGCAGCACCAGCAGCAAUCAUUGCAGAACCUUCUAAGCGCGUAUCUGGUGUGCCUGAGGUGAAGGUUACCGUACCUAAUUCCAGCCGUCCAACGAGCUUGCAGCCUUCGGUCAAGGAAAUCAAGAAGCCCGAAGAGCCAGCAGCCAGUGAAGAAAACCGCAAGUCAAUCGUUGUUGGUAAUGACGCCAAAUACCUUGCGUCUCUAGGCAUCGCCCCCACCGUCUUGGAUAACAAGAGUGGGGAGUUCACCAAGUGGCUGGAUUACUUUGGCUGGGUACCUGGCGAUCAGAUGAGAUCUCGCAAUGUCGACGAUAUGAGAACAGACCUUGAGAGAGAGCUAAACAAGGCGCAAGCUGGGGGCUGGCUGGCUCGGUUCCAGGAGGAGGAUGACCGAGUUGAGGCGAUCAAGCGUGGCAUUGACCUGGCAGUCGCUGAGUGUGAAGAGAUGGAGAACUUGUUGACACUGUACAGUGUCGAACUCUCAACACUCUCUGAUGAUAUUGCCUACAUUGAGGCUCAAGGCCAGGGUCUCCAGGUUCAGACUGCCAACCAGAAGCUCCUUAAAAAGGAGUUGGAGUCUCUUUUGGAAACGACGACCAUCACCACGGCUGAUUUGAACGCCUUGAGAGCCGCGCCACUCGAGGAUCCUGCAGGUCUCGAAGACAUCGAGUUGUCUUUGGUCACUCUGUACAAGGCCAUGAUCAAGAUCGACCCGUCGUUGCUAGGAGGCGAGCCAAGGAAGAGCGAGGAUCUUACAGAUGAAGCAGACCAAGCUGUUGGACUAGAGAAUACUGACUACGGUAAGAUGAGGAUUGUUCAGGAAAAGAAGGAGAUGUAUCGCCAAGAAAGCGCCGUCUUCUUGCGGCGGUUGGUCGGGUAUAUGGCACAGCAGUUCGACGUUGCCUACAACGAGGUCAACAGAGCACUUCGCGAGGCUCUUUCGAGAAAGGUGGACUCCCGUCACCACGAUGCUGGCCGAGACAUGCUUUGGAAGUACAGUCCUCUGAUCAAGUACGCUAAGGAUGUUGAUCCUGCCAACUGGGACCGCAUGAUCCAGGUCUACCAAGACAAGAGCCAUCCCGUGUACAAGAACGAAUUCCGGCAGGUUUUGGAAGCAUGGAAACGUAACGCGCGCAAGAUGACUGCCGACGAGACAUCCGAGCUCCUGUUUACGUUUGAAGUCGAAAAGCAACAAGAAGGCAGGGCGACCACCGUCAGGAAGCUCACCGUCAAGCGCAGUCAAACACUGGCCAAGAGCCUGCGCUCACCAAUCGACACAAGCAGCAGAACGAACCUCAAAGAGUCAGGGGCCGAGAACCGUAGCCUCCCAUACGAGGUCUUUGGUCAUAUAUUGGAUGACCUUUUGCCACUCGUCGAAAUGGAGCAAAACUUCAUUGUCGACUUCUUUCACGCCACAACGAUGGAACAGUCCGACUUCCCCGACUUGGUCGGAGCGAGCAGGCCGAGAGACCGAAGGGGUGGUGACCUGCGUCGCCAUCGCUUAAUGGAACCAGAUCGUGAUCUCGCCCGGAGAGUCACCAAGGCAAUGGAGACAAUCUUCAUUUUUCUCGAGACGGAAAUCGCAAAACUUGUCGAAUGGGUCAUACAAGCCGACCCCUUGCAAGGCGCUGGUGUCCUGGCUAUUCUCGAGCGAAACCUUGGAGACAUCCAACAGUCUAACCAAGAAUUCCUUAAUGCCUUGCUCCAAAAGCUUCAUGGCGUGUUGGAGUCCCGCUUCAAGAAAUUCGUCGACGAGCAAAUCCGCGCCAUCGAGGAUACUAAGGUCAAGAUCAACAAGCGCAAGGGUGUUAUUUCGUUCAUUCGCGUCUUCCCUCAGUUUUCCAACGCCGUGGAAAACAUCCUUACGGGCAUCGACCUGAACCUGGCUGUUCGCAAAACAGUCGAUCGCGAAUACGACCGUAUACUCAAAUCCAUGUUCGAUUCGCUCAAGAUCAUCGCCCGCGAGAACCCAGCUGUUAGCGUCGGCGCGGCGGGCGCGGACCCGGAGGACAAGGAGGCUCUCAACUUCCACAUCCUCCUCAUUGAAAACAUGAACCAUUUCCUGGAAGAGGUUAACACGCACGGCCUCGACGUCCUCGAGGACUGGCGCGAGGCUGCAACCAAUGAGUUAAACGAGCACAUGGGCCUGUACCUGAACGCGGUUAUGCGCCGCCCUCUCGGCAAGCUCCUCGAGUACAUUGAGAACAUCGAGGGCCAGCUCCAGUCGGGCAAGCCGGGCUCAAGCGUCGCGGCACAGCCGUCCAACUCCAAGUCGACAUUCCACAAGGUUCUGGCGACUUAUGAUUCGCGCGAGGUUCGCAAGGGUAUCGAGACACUGCGCAAGCGCGUUGAGAAGCACUUUGGCGAUGCGGACGACCCUGCUCUCAGCCAGAAGCUUGUGAUCAAGGUGCUCCGCGAGUGUGAGCGCUUCUACGGCGAGGUGGAGCUGCGCAUCAGCCGCAUCACGGCAGACGUCUAUAGUGGAGACGUCGUUUUUGAGUGGCCGCGCGUAGAGGUUAGAGCCGGCUUCCGCUAGAUACAGCUGCCGAAGCCGCACCUGCUGAAGCCUGGGGCCGCCUUUUAAUGUAUGAGAAGGUUUCGCUGCGGCAUUUAAAGCAGGCAGACCUUUCAGAGAUGUUUGAAGUUGUGUUCUUGUCGAUUCCCCUUUUUGUUAUCUUCAUUUUGCUCAUUGAAGAGCGAGAAAGAGCAUGGACGGCAUCGUAGACGAGCGGGGAUUGUAUAGGUAUACCUACACCCUUGCGGCCUCGUUGUCGCCACAUCCUUUCGCCUAAACACUUGUUAUUGGGGAGAGGAAGCAGGCAGGCGUGAGAGCGAGAGUGAUGGAAAGGCGGUAGGGAAUCAUGUUUCUGUCAUUGUCUUGUUGUUUCUCGAUCGGCGAGCAUGUGCCAUUUGUAGGCGGGGCGGGACCGAAGAGUUUUCGGUACCUUGGGCAAGCCUUUUUGACUGUGCACAUAGGGGGCGAGGAGGAUGGUAGACCCUGUGAUGAAAUGAGAGACUUCUUAUGCAUGCACGUCAUCGUUGCUUGCUAUGUGAUCAGUCGACGGAGUAAUUCAGUCAUUUUGCCGAGAAACGAGGUAGAUGAUCAGGCGCAGACACGGGCAGACAAUAUCACGGAAGAUCACCUCUGCUGGAGGGCUUGUGCCCCGCACCAGUUGAGUGAGUGUCCGUCGGCUAAGUUUGCCAUAAAUCUCUUACAUCACGUUUUCCUCGACAGAUCACCACAGAUA